GAAGCUGAAGCAGUUUGCGGAAGUGUAACGUUUAGGUUCUCCUAGCAGGGUGGAGAAAAUCAGAGAGAAAGGGAGUCAUUGCCCAAGUCAAGAAGUGAGAACAUUGCCAGCACUUCAGUGGUGUUCUGUGAGCCCCAUUCCAAUGACUUCCUCAUACCCUAGGUCCAGACUCCCUGGGAGCAAUAGAAUUAUGUGAAGCAGGAGGAAGUUGCAGGGUUGGGUAUCAGCACGUCUGGGGACACACCUAACUGAAGACAGAUUUCUGAACAGAAAUUUAGAGCAGACCUAGAACACACCAAGACAGAGCCUUCCUUUGCCAAAUCUUUGCAGAGAACAGAAGAAAAUGCUCCAGACUCAGGAAUCUCUGACAUUUCAAGAUGUGGCCGUGGACUUCACCUGGGAGGAGUGGCAGCUCCUGAACUCUGAUCAGAAGGACCUGCACAGAGACGUGAUGUCGGAGAACUACAGCAACCUUGUGUCAGUGGGUUAUGAAUCCAGCAAUCCAGACGUAUUCUCCAAGUUGGAUGACGGAGAAGCACCAUGGACAAAGGAAGGUGAAAUCCACUGUCAAAACCAUUCAGAAAUCUGGAGACCUGAUGAUCAUCUGCCAGAGCACUUACAAAAUGAAAGCAUGGACAAUAGCCUAGAACAAUGGCACAAAUGUAACACAUUUCAAAAUACUGUCCCUCAGAGCAGAACCUGUUCUCUGUUACUUAAAAACUGUAUGUUCAUCUCACAUGGAGAAAAUAUGAAAUUAAAUCUAUCUUUACUUAACCAGACUAGAAGCUAUGAAAUUAAGACUCCCACUAAGCCUUCUGGAGAUGGGAAAUCCUUUUUCCACGCUAACAGUGAACAUUUUCAGGGUGAAAUGAAAUUACCCCAAAACCAAAAACUCAUCAGCACUAAGUCCCAACUCAUGAAACAUCAGAAACCUCAAAAAAGAGAGAAACCACAUCUAUGUGGUGAAUGUGGCAAAGCCUUCAUGAAGAAGUCUUGGCUCACUGAUCAUCAGAUCAUUCAUACAGGUGAGAAGCCCCAUCAGUGUAGUCUGUGUGGGAAAGCCUUCUCCAGGAAGUUCAUGCUCACUGAACACCAGAGAACACACACAGGAGAGAAACCUUAUAAAUGCUCUGAAUGUGGCAAAGCCUUUCUCAAGAAAUCACGGCUCAAUAUACAUCAAAAAACACACACAGGAGAGAAACCCUUCGUAUGCAGUGAUUGUGGGAAAGGCUUCAUCCAGAAGGGCAAUCUCAUUGUACAUCAGCGAAUUCACACAGGUGAGAAACCUUAUAUAUGCAAUGAAUGUGGCAAAGGCUUCAUCCAGAAGACAUGCCUCAUAGCACAUCAGAGAUUUCACACAGGAAAGACACCCUUUGUGUGCAGUGAGUGUGGAAAAUCCUGCUCCCAGAAGUCAGGUCUCAUUAAACAUCAAAGAAUUCACACUGGAGAGAAACCCUUUGAAUGCAGUGACUGUGGAAAAGCCUUCACCACUAAGCAGAAGCUCAUUGUCCAUCAAAGAACUCAUACAGGAGAGAGACCCUAUUCCUGCAACGAGUGUGGGAAAGCUUUUGCCUACAUGUCAUGCCUUGUGAAACAUAAAAGAAUACACACAAGAGAGAAAUGUGGUGAUUCAAUCAAGGUGGAAAAUCCUCUCACAGAAAGUCCCAGCUCAUCACUGACCAGUGUGGUCCUGCAAGAGAAAAACUUUGUUAAUGCAGUGGCUACGCAGGUGCCUUCUGUGGCCCCUCAGACAGCAUUAAACAUCAGUGGGCUCCUAUCAAACAGAAAUGUAGUCAUAGUGGGCCAGCCUGCGGCCAGAUGUGCACCCUCAGAAGGAUUUGCACAGGAUAGAAACCUUAUGAAUGCAGUGAGUAAAGACUCACCUUCAGUCGUCAAUUACGUGUUACUUUAUGUCACAGGAAACCAAUAUCCUGAAGCCCGGACUCUGCUUUUGUACGGCACUCAGGUGUCCCAACAUGGCGUCCCCCAUUGGGGGCACCGCGACAUUGGCGCGGACAUAUUGCUAACGAAUACGGAAAUGGUUGACAAGUUUAUUCAAACGCCUGUGAUUGCCCUCGGCUACCGUAGUAGACGGAGCAGGACCAGCGCAGAAGUUGAAGCAGUUGCGGAAAUACAACAUUUGUGCUCUUCCUGUGGGUCUGGCGAAAAAUUCAGCAUGAUGUUGUUACAGGAAUCUCUGACAUUUCAAGAUGUGGCCGUGGACUUCACCUGGGAGGAGUGGCAGCUCCUGAACUCUGAUCAGAAGGACCUGCACAGAGACGUGAUGUCGGAGAACUACAGCAACCUUGUGUCAGUGGGUUAUGAAUCCAGCAAUCCAGACGUAUUCUCCAAGUUGGAUGACGGAGAAGCACCAUGGACAAAGGAAGGUGAAAUCCACUGUCGAAACCAUUCAGAAAUCUGGAAACUUGAUGACCAUCUGCUGGAGAACAUAGAAAGUGAAAGCAUGGAGAAUAGCCUGGAACAAUGGCACAAAAAUAACAUAUUUGAAAAUGGUGUCCAUUGGAGCAAAAAUCAUUUUCUGUUACGACAAAAUCAUGGUACAUUUGACUCACAUGGAGAAAAUAUGAAAUCAGAUUUGUCUUUACCUAACCAGAGCAGAAGCUAUGAAAUCAAGAGGCCCACUGAACUUUCUGGAAAUGGGAAAUCCUUUCUCCAUGCUAACAGUAAACAGAAAUUCCUGGAAAUUCGAAAAUUCAUCGGCACGAAGUGCCAACUCAUUAAGCAUCUGAAACCUCAGAAAAUAAGGAAACAACAUAUAUGCAGUGAAUGUGGGAAAGCCUUUUUGAAGAAGUGUUUGCUUGAUGAUCACCAGAAUCUUCAUACAGGAGAGAAGCCCCAUCAGUGUAGUCUGUGUGGGAAAGCCUUCUCCAGAAAGGUUACACUGAAUGAACACCAGAGAUCACACACAGGAGAGAAACCUUAUGAAUGCAGAGAGUGUGGCAAAGCCUUUGUCACGAAAUCACGGCUCAAUAUACAUUAUAAAAUACACACAGGGGAGAAACCCUUUGUAUGCAGUGACUGUGGGAAACGCUUUAUCCAGAAGGGCAAUCUCAUGGUACAUCUACGGACUCACACAGGCGAGAAACCUUAUAUAUGUGACGAAUGUGGAAAAAGCUUCAGCCAAAAGACAUCUCUCACAACACAUCAGAGAUUUCACACAGGAAAGACACUGUUUGUGUGUAGUGAAUGUGGAAAAUCCUGUUCCCAGAAGACAGGUCUCAUUAAACAUGAAAGAAUUCACACUGGAGAGAAACCCUUUGAAUGCAGUGACUGUGGGAAAGCCUUUAUCGGGAAGCCGCAGCUUGUCGUACAUCAGAGAAUUCAUACAGGAGAGAGACCCUAUGGUUGUAAUGAAUGUGGGAAAUCCUUCAGAGCAAAGUCAGUCCUCAAUGGACAUCAGAAAAUUCACUCAGUCAAGGUGGUACAUCCUCUCACAGAGAGUCAAGUGUCAUCAAAGACUAGUGUGGUCCUGCAGGAGAAAAAUUUUGUUAAUACAGUGGCUAUGCAGGUGCCUUCUCUGUCCCCUCAGACAGCAGUAAAUGUCAGUGGGCUGCUAGUAAACAGAAAUAUAAUCAUAGUGGGCCAGCCUGUGGCCAGCUGUGCACCCUUAGGAGGAUUUGCACAGAAUAGAAAUUUUGUGAAUGCAGUGAGUAUGGACUCGCCUUCAGUAACCAAUUAUGUGCUAUUUUAUGUCACAGGAAACCAAUAGGAAAAAACUAGACACAUUGGUGUGCAAAGAUUUGAUCAAAAUUUUCUGCCUCAGGUUAUGGUUGAAAAGUAUAUACUGAGAGAAAUUGUAUAAAUGCUGAGAGUAGGAAGUCAUGAUAUUAUCAUUCUUUUAAAUAUGUGCAUUGAUGCAGAGGCAUAAUCUGAUGUUAACCUAGACACAUAUGUCGAUUGGUCUAUUAAAGGAAUGAAAGAGGCUAAGUGAAGCCAGUAAGUGAAGUUUUUUUAAAACAUAAAAGUUAUUUGUGUCUGGGAUGUUGCUAUGAAUAAAAAACCAGGAAGGAGGUUAUACUGGAUUGGUGGGAUAUGGAGCAUUUAUGUAUUAAUUCAGUUUCCCUAGACCAAAGUGAAGGAUUAAUUGAAAACUUGGAUGUCUACCAUAAACUCUUAGUGGUUUAUAUUAUGCAGAGGGAUUAUGAAAUAACAGGUUCAGAUUGAGUCAAUUCAUUCAUUUAUAUCAAGUUUUUGUCACAUAGUGCCCUUAUAUCUGGUUCUGUUCCAGGAGCUGAGGAUAAACUGGUGACCAAAACACCCUAGAUGUGUGGUUCAGUAGAUUGAGUGCCAGCCUGUGAACCAAAAGGUUGCUGGUUGAUUCUCAAUUAGGGCAUAUGCUUGGGUUGUAGCCAGAUCCCCAGUUGGGGGUGUACAAGAAGCAUUCAAUCCCCCCCUAAGAAGAAGCAUUUAAUCUAUGUUUCUUUCCCUCUCCUUCUCCCUACCCCUCUCUAAAAAUAAGAAAGAUGUAAGAAAAUUAAAAAAAUUUUUUAAUUGAAAAAAAGAAGAAAAAAGGGAAAAAAAUAUUCCAAAACAGAAAACCCAUGGUCUCCAGGGGAGAGCAUUAAGGUAGUUGGAUUAUCUUUAAGUGGUAUAUCUAUACUCCAGCUAAUCUAGUGAGAGGAUGUAAUUAUCUUUAUUAGGUGAAAUGGAUUGGAACAAUUGGUUCAAGGGGAUAUAACAAUUUACUGCUAAAGGAGCAUAUUUUGAGAGGUUGGGGAGGGACUCUUGAGUGGCAGUUAAGUACCACAAAAUACAAGUAAGUUAUUUUUUUAAGCCCAUUAGUUUUCUCCACAAGGACAUUAUAAAUUUUUAAAAAAUUUUAAUGGCUUUACUUAAAUUUUAAUUGUUUAAAAUAAUCGAACACCAAGGAAUAAAAAAGUCAGUUCCCCCUUUGCACUGACCACAUUUCACAUGCUCAGCAGUUAUGUAGGGAGUGGAUAUAGCAAAAUGAGCAAAACUGAAACCAGAAGAAAAAUUGCUAUCAUUUUCAUUGUAUCAGAAAAUAAUAUUGGUGAGUACUGGAUUUCAUAUUUUAUAUUUCUCAGCACAUUAAGACAACCAAAAUCCUAAUUACAUAUAGAUUUGGAAAGUCAAUGAAUGAACUAAGAGACUAAUCAAAAUGUAUUUUGUCACUGAUGAAAAGAGUUCUAAAGAAUAGAACUGUCACCUGAAAUUGUUUUAUGUGAAUGUGGGAUCAGAGAGGUUUAUUAACUGAUUAUAAAGAGAGCAGGAAAAGAAAAUAUUCCUAAAAUUAAUGAAACAGCAAACAAAAUGAGAAUCUUAGUUUCUAAGAAUGGUGGACAAUAUAAGAAAUGGGAGGUGACAUCUAUAUGGAAUGUUUUGGAGAUGAAUCUGUAGAUUUGCCCACAGGGCUAUCACCUAUCAAAAGGAUUAUAGCUCUUCUGGGACCUGCUGAAUUGAGACUUGUGAAUUCUAUCUCCCUCAUUUUAUCCCACUUUGUUGAGAGUGGGUUCUUUGCCUUGAUCCCAUGAGGCUGUAAUACCCUCGUUACAGUCUUAUUGAGGAAAAGAAAUGGAAAUUGGCUAAGCUGUGGCUGUCUCAGAAUUCAGUUGAAAUCCUGAUCAUUUUCUCCGAGAAAUAAAGUACCAUCCUGUGCAAACAUACACUUUUACACACAUGAUACAUCAGUGAA